ACCAGCAGAAAAGUCAAGGCGUAGGGGCAAGGGGGGGAAGGUUGGCCAAAAAGGCCAGAAGUCGGAAUGGAAAUGGCGCAGAAAAUGCGCUUCAAGUGGCCAUGGCCAUGGCCAUGACCAUCGACCAACGGAUGGAUGGCCGGGAGAUUUUCAGUUCAAAUAAAAGUAAAAAUUCUUCGAUUCCUGGACAAUCAAAUUGAAAGCAAGAAGAACGGGGAUUUUGGUGGGCAAUCAGCCGCGGGCGAGCACUUCAUAAAUUCCUUAGCCACGGACUCCACUUCAAUGCAAGUUUUUGGCAUCGGCAUCUUUAUGGAAACUUCUCAGGAAGGCGAAAUCGAAGGAAACACGGAAAUUAGCCUUGUCGCAAUCGCAUUCUCUGUCGUCUGCAAAGUUUCAAUUGAAUUUUCGUCCGGCAGAAAAAAAAAAUGCAGCAACUUCAACUUUACGCCGUCUUCGAGAACAGAUCCGCCAAAUAAUUAAUUUUGCAUAUGUGAAAAUGCAGCCAGAGGAUGUGCAAAGGGAGUCCUGACACUUGUCCUGACACUUGACCCGCUGGCAAUGUGAUCAACUUAACGAGCUGCGAGAAUUCAAUAUUGUAAUUCGAUCGAAGAUGAGGCCUGCAAUCGCUCUGUUGACUUUAUUAGCAAUUCUCAGCUUUGGAAAACUUGGCUUUACCCAAUUGCUGGAACCAAAAUGUAUACCAUCGUAUGCGACGAGAGUUAUUGGUGGUCGUAGUGCUCGAAGAUCUCCAUGGAUGGCAUAUCUAAUCCGGAAUAAUGCUUUCGCAUGUGGAGGUUCACUUAUUGCUUAUCGUUUCGUGCUAACAGCUGGUCAUUGUACCCAAAUACCUGACAACAAUUUAUAUGUUAGAUUGGGGGAAUACGAUUCUUCGAGGACUUCAGAUGGCAGAACUGCAGAAUAUCGAGUUAUUUCCACUUUUCGACAUGAAAAGUACAUUAACUUCGAACACGAUGAUAUUGCAGUGUUAAAGCUGGAUCGAACAGUGAUAUAUAAUGAUAAAAUCCGACCGAUCUGCAUUUUCUUGAAUCCCGGAAUGCAGUCUUUCGUAGACAGAUUACAGGACUUUACCCUUACCGGCUGGGGUCAGACGGCCACCUAUUAUCAAAUGCCUACAACGCUCCAGGAAAUGUCUCUCCGUCGUGUGGAUCGAUACUUUUGUGGUGCAAAAAGUAAUACCAUAUGUUGCAGCAAUCCCUCGCAGUUCGCUUGCUUCGGAGAUUCGGGAAGUCCUUUGGGAGCAACGAUGAGAUAUGGAAGAGGCUAUAUCUAUGCACAGUUUGGAGUUACUAGCUCGGUUACGGGUAAUUGUGAUGGUUAUAGCACCUAUGUGGAUGUCACUAGCUAUUUGCCAUGGCUUCUAACAACCUUGCGAAGAAAUUGGCUUUGA